AUGUUUCUCUUUGAUGCUUCGGCCUUGCCGCAGCUCACCACUCGCAAAGCAUUCAUCGGAGUUGACUUCCAGCAUGACUUCUGCGACCCGGAUGGCGUUUUCCCUGCGACCGAGCCUGAAGGGUUCGUCGAUCGGGCAGUGCAACUUGCCACUGCCAUCCGUGCAUCUGGCGACAUUGUGUGGGUUAGGACGAAGCCCGAUGGUCGCAGGUCGCCAGAUGCUGAGCAAAUCAUUGUUUCUGAUGAUCCUCUAGCUGGCAUAUCCAUGCCAUGGAGAACGCGGCGUGGGGCACGAAUUCCUAUCCAAGAAUCUGGGGUAAAUGACGACACACCAACGGAGCCUGACGCAGAGGCAUUUCUGAGCCAAAGCGAACCCUCUUGCCUCACGUCGCCCGCUGGUCUUGCACUGGCUUCUCCUGUGAAGUUGGCCAUGCAAAAAUCAGAUCUAACGGUUACCAAAACCCAUUAUUCCGCCUUCCGAGACACCCAACUGCUACUCAUUCUUCGCGCCAAGAUGGUCAUGGAAGUGUUUAUAUGUGGCUCGCUCACCAACGUUGGACUUUAUGCCACCGCAAUGGAUGCUGCUCGCCACGGCCUGUCCAUCACGAUCGUCGAAGAUUGUUGUGGUUAUCGCUCAAAGGACCGGCAGAUAAUCGCUCUCCACAGACUGGUCGAAACGACAGGUUGUGAAGUCGCCUCUGCAAAAGAUAUCAUUAAAUCAUUUGAAAACCAGCCCAAAAAGCCUGCCAUUUCCCGGAAAUCGAGCCGGCCAGACAGACUAUCCAAGCCGGCUGGUGAUAAUAGGAGACCAACACCACCGGCAAAAAACAUCAAGGCAGAUGACAUCGCCAAAUCACUGUCAGAAUUAACUAUUGCUCCAAAUGCAGCUGAAGACAGAGGCGCAGAAAAGCCAACAAACUCAAAACCAAUAAAAAAGACGCCCAAGCCGUCUGGCGCUAGUAUCGGGGCUGAGGCUGAUGUCCCCAAGAGUGGCAUUAAGGCUGACUCACAGGCAGCAGCGCCUCAAUCGAAACCACUAGAAGAUACCAGUCGCGUUGGUCGUGUAGCGAACAAGCAAACAAUAAAAGAAGCAAAGUCUGACCAAGACAUUGCGAAUCUCAUGGUUCAUCUCAACAUAGAAGACGGUUCAAAGAACAUGGCUCAGACCAAUCCCGAAAUGGAGGCAAAACCUGACCAGGCUCACCCUAACCACAAUGAUCUUGGUGAAGACAACAAGACUGUCAAGGCACGCCAAGAUGGACUUUGCGAAGGCGACACGCAUGUUAUCGAAAAUGUCCUCCCAAAGGAACUCGAAGAUGGUGUAUUCGACAAGCUUCGCCAAGAGGUUAGCUGGCAGCGAAUGUCCCACCAAGGCGGGGAGGUUCCACGUCUGGUUGCUGUCCAAGGCAAAGUAGCCGAGGAUGGCAGCAUUCCGAUUUAUCGCCAUCCAUCUGACGAAGCACCUCCGCUUUUGACAUUUUCACCAACCGUCUUUGCCAUCAAGGAGGCCACGGAAAAACAAGUGGGCCAUCCUCUGAACCAUGUCCUGAUUCAGUACUAUAGAGAUGGUAAUGACUACAUCUCAGAACAUAGCGACAAGACGCUUGAUAUUGUCAAGGACUCAUUCAUCGCCAAUGUGAGCCUCGGUGCUGAGCGAACAAUGGUGCUCAGAACGAAACGAUUGGAUAAGGACCCAUCAAAAACUGAGCCAUCCCCUGAUCAUGGCAACAAGAAGCGACAGGUUCAGAGAGCCCGACUGCCUCAUAAUUCUCUUUUCCGCAUGGGCCUUCGGACAAACAUGAAAUGGCUGCACGCUAUACGACAAGACAAGAGAGCAGAGCGUGAUAAGACCGCAGAUGAGCUAGCAUAUUCGGGUGGGCGUAUUUCUCUUACCUUUCGAAAUAUCGGAACUUUCCUAUCCAAGGAGCAGACCCUUAUUUGGGGCCAAGGCGCGACAGGAAAGGUCCGCGACGACGCUCGGCCAGUCAUCAAUGGUCAGAGUUCUGAAGCUGUACAGAUGCUCAAAGCUUUUGGUACUGAGAACCAUUCUUCAAAGUUCGACUGGGACGCCAGUUACGGAAAAGGCUUUGAUGUUUUGCAUAUGAGCAACUCACCUCGCUUUUUCGCCUCACCAGACCCUGUCGUAAACAUGCGCAUUUCCCUUAUGCUUGCUGAGUAUGAUAUCAACCAUGCCAAGGGUAACAUGGGUCCAGCCAAGGGUGGUACAGAGCCUGAUACCAGCAACGUGCCUGUCAAGUUCGUUGACAAUGACGCGGCCAGGUCUAUUGUUGAGGGCGAUGCUGGCAUAAUGCUCUAUCUCGAUGCUAUAUAUGGGUCCAAACAAAACGAAGCUCUUGGUCAGGCUUCUGUGGCGAAGAAAUACACACGCUUCCAACAGGGCCUCAGCCUACUCAAGACAAUCAGGUUCCGCAAAGCCUCCGAAAAGGAUAGUGGCUCUGAUGUCAAGUUCUUGCAACGGGAUUUGGCGCCGUGGAAUGUUCUCCUUCGGGAAUCGGAGGACAAGUACUUGGCAGGAGGGAGUCCUUCCCUGCCAGAUUUUGUUCUGUGGCCAGUCCUUCACACCUUGUUUGAGCAGCAUGGAUCUGCUAUAUUUGAGAGUGCAGAGCACCUUGAAUGCUACUUUGAGAAAUUUAGAACUAGAGAAAGUGUCAAGAAGCUCUUGGUGAAAGAUACAGAGGGAGGAUCAUAG